GGACGGUAUAUUUUAACGAUAAAUCCGCGGUCACACUGCUGGAGUGUUGGAAAAGGCAGCAUAGGUUUUGCUAAAGCAAAACAGAAAAUUAUAGCAAAAAAUUAGCUAAUUCGACGCAAUCAGCCAUGAACUCGGCAACAAAGGUUGGGGAGAUUUUCACGGCCGCCGGACAAGCUUUCAGCAGAUUGGGCGACCUCACCAUGCAACUGCAUCCAAAUGCCGAAUCGCCGUCCGGUAAAUGGACGGACGAGGAAAUCGACAUGUUGCACUCGUCGAUUAUGCGCUUCUCGGACGACCUUAGCAAAAUCAGUCUUAGCAUUAAGAACCGUACAGUCUCUCAGAUACGGCAAGCCCUGAAGAAGAAGGCCUUCGAGGACGCCGGCAUCCCUGCCAAGCAAGUCCCUGUCCAACAGGUGCAUCACGUCAUUCAAACAGUCCCCCAGCUGCCCGUCAUCCAGCAGCAGCAACUGACGACAGCGCCCCAGCUCCAGCAGUCCCAUCAGCACCAACCUCAAGUAUUUAAGACACAGACUGUACAGCAACUACCCCUACAGCAGCACCAGCAUCAGCAUCAGCCGCAGAACUCGAACAUGGCUGCCAGUAUCCAGCAUGUGCAGCUGGUGACGCAACCCAAGCAGAUCCUCCUACAGCAGCAUCAGCAGCAACUGCCGCAGACAACAACGACGACGGUGACCAUCAAGCAGUUCCAGCAAAUGCAGCAGCAAAAGGCGGCUGCUCUGGCGGCGGCCGCGGCAGCAGCAGCGGCAGCCAACACGCCGACAAUCACGGAGAAUAUCAUUAUACAGCAGCCCACGUCGACAACGGCGGCGGCGCAACAGCCCCAGUCGCAUGUGCAUCCGGUCCACUCGGUGGCAACGUCCGCCUCAACGCAGAUAGUCGUGCCGUCGUCGGUCACCACAGUAUUGUCGUCGAGCACGGGGGCGGUGGGCCCGGUGGCCAUUGCCGACGAUGUGGUUAGUACAACGUCCACCCCCUCCACAUCAGCCAGCACGGGCCUCAAGUGCGGGCCGGACGUGUCGAUGACUCUGAAUCGAAUCAAUGUGCAGGAGAACGAGGUCGAUGUCGAGGAAUGCCUGCCGGCGGAGGUGGUCAAGCUGGAUUUUGUCAGCGAAGAAGUUGCAGGGUGAAGGCUCCUGCCGGCCUUCAUCCUCCGAACGUCCCCCGAACAAGUUGAGGAUUUCUAUUACUAGAUAAGAGACCGAAGCAGCUGCAGAAUGAAUCCCGAAUCGCGACAAAUCUAGAUCGAAACGAAACUCUUUAACAAACGGUACGACCUACCGCCCCCUAGCCUAAGCCUAAAAUGUUAAGUGUUGUCAUAUUUGAUAUACCUUGAAGUCAUCCUUAAGAAAACAAACUGAAUUGUGUACAGACAGAUCCGUCAGCGAGUAAGAAACGAGCAGUUACCGCUGUCUAUUCCCACGUCUCUUGUUUGGUUUGGCUUUGGUCCGGACACAAGGCAUAGUAGAUAUUAAUACUGAAACGAGGAAUGCUGCACCUAGAUUUAACACAAAAUGCAAGACACAAUAGUGCAAAGUACAUAGCGAUUGUAUAAGAUGAUGAGUGAAUAAACGAGCAUUAUUUUAA